ACGACAGAUGCGAACAGGCAGAAAAUGCCAAAUUUGUUUUAUUUGAUGACGUAAUAAACAAAUUUCUUAAGUUUUGCGCACUUUUCUGGUCGAUAGUGAGAAUGAACUAUUUUGUUUUAUAUAUUUGAAUAGUUUAUAAUAUAUUUUGUAAUUUUUACACUGUUUUUAAGGAAAAUAAACAAAGCAGUAUUGCUUUUAUAUCAUUAAAUGCGAAGGAAUGUAACCAAUAGAGAACGCAUGAGAUCAUAGCACACUUAGCAAUAUUUCAUGUUAUUGGAUGUAGGCGCCUCCUUAUGUGUUCUGUAUUUGCGUUACAUGAAUUUUCUUCUGACAACAAACGUGAAGUUGCCGGUCAUUCGCCAUAUUUGCCGCAAGUCGUUUGCUCCGUCAUCACAAGCUAGCUGUGUACCGCGUCAUCGUCGCCGUUGUUCAAGUUCUUGUCGGGUCAGAGGUCGGCUUUGUGAUUGUUCCGUAUUUUUAAAUUUACUUAAAUAAUAGGUAGCUGAAUAUCUAUAGCGCCUAUCAGUGACAUCUUAUUUUCUGCUUGGCUCGAUUGCUGCUGAGCCUUGCUAUCUUCAACCGAAUUUGAAUUAAGCACUUAUAAGGUCAUAACUUUCAAGCAAUAAUGGCAGAGGGCAAGAACGAGGACCUGGCGACGGCGAUCCUGCGUAAGAAGGAGCGGCCCAACCGGCUGCUGGUGGACGAGGCCGCCAGCGACGACAACUCGGUGGUGGCGCUGUCGCAGGCCAAGAUGGACGAGCUGCAGCUGUUCCGCGGUGACACCGUCCUCCUCAAGGGCAAAAAGCGCAAGGAGACCGUCUGCAUCGUGCUCGCCGACGACACCGUCGCCAAUGAUAAGGUGCGCAUGAACCGCGUGGUGCGGAACAACCUACGCGUACGUCUGGGUGACGUGGUGUCCAUCCAGCCGUGCCCGGACGUCAAGUACGGAAAGCGUGUCCACAUUCUGCCCAUCGACGACACGGUCGAGGGACUGACCGGAAACCUGUUCGACGUCUACCUGAAGCAGUACUUCCUGGAGGCGUACCGGCCGAUCCACAAGGGCGACCUGUUCCUGGUGCGCGGCGGCCUGCGCGCCGUCGAGUUCAAGGUGGUCGACACGGAUCCGCAGCCGUACUGCAUCGUCGCGCCCGACACGGUCAUCCACUGCGAGGGAGAGCCAAUCCGACGCGAGGAGGAGGAGGAGGCGCUGAACGAGGUCGGCUAUGACGACAUCGGCGGCUGCCGGAAGCAGCUGGCGCAGAUCAAAGAGAUGGUGGAGCUGCCUCUGCGACACCCCAGCCUCUUCAAGGCGAUCGGCGUGAAGCCGCCGCGUGGCAUCCUGCUGUACGGACCUCCGGGCACCGGUAAAACGCUGAUCGCCCGGGCGGUGGCCAACGAGACGGGCGCCUUCUUCUUCCUCAUCAACGGACCGGAGAUCAUGAGCAAGCUGGCCGGAGAGUCCGAGUCCAACCUGCGCAAGGCGUUCGAGGAGGCCGAGAAAAACUCGCCGGCCAUCAUCUUCAUCGACGAGCUGGACGCCAUUGCGCCCAAGCGCGAGAAGACGCACGGCGAGGUGGAGCGCCGCAUCGUCUCCCAGCUGCUCACCCUGAUGGACGGGCUCAAACAGCGCGCGCACGUGAUCGUCAUGGCGGCCACCAACCGGCCCAACUCGAUCGACCCGGCGCUGCGCCGCUUCGGCCGCUUCGACCGCGAGGUGGACAUCGGCAUCCCGGACGCCACCGGCCGGCUGGAGGUGCUGCGCAUCCACACCAAGAACAUGAAGCUGGGCGAGGACGUGGAUCUGGAGCAGGUGGCCGCCGAGAGCCACGGCCACGUGGGCGCCGACCUGGCCGCCCUCUGCUCCGAGGCGGCGCUCCAGCAGAUCCGCGAGAAGAUGGACCUGAUUGACCUGGAGGAUGAUCAGAUCGACGCCGAGGUGCUCGGCUCGCUGGCCGUCACCAUGGAAAACUUCCGGUUCGCCAUGGGCAAGAGCACGCCUAGCGCGCUGCGCGAGACGGUGGUCGAGGUGCCGAACGUCUCCUGGGACGAUAUCGGCGGCCUGCAGAACGUGAAGAAGGAGCUGCAGGAGCUGGUUCAGUACCCUGUGGAGCACCCGGAGAAGUUCCUCAAGUUCGGCAUGACGCCGUCGCGCGGCGUGCUCUUCUACGGGCCGCCCGGCUGCGGCAAGACACUGCUGGCCAAGGCCAUCGCCAACGAGUGCCAGGCCAACUUCAUCUCCAUCAAGGGCCCCGAGCUGCUCACUAUGUGGUUCGGAGAGUCCGAGGCCAACGUGCGUGACGUAUUCGACAAGGCCCGCGCCGCCGCGCCCUGCGUGCUCUUCUUCGACGAGCUGGACUCGAUCGCCAAGGCGCGCGGCGGCAACCUGGGCGACGCCGGCGGCGCGGCCGACCGCGUCAUCAACCAGGUGCUCACAGAGAUGGACGGCAUGGGCUCCAAGAAGAACGUGUUCAUCAUCGGCGCCACUAACCGGCCAGACAUCAUCGACCCCGCCAUCCUGCGACCGGGCCGUCUGGACCAGCUCAUCUACAUUCCGCUGCCCGACGACGCCUCGCGUAUCUCCAUUCUCAAGGCCAACCUGCGCAAGUCGCCGAUCGCAAAGGACGUGGACCUGGACUACAUGGCCAAGAUGACGCACGGUUUCUCUGGCGCCGAUCUGACGGAGAUCUGUCAGCGCGCCUGCAAGCUGGCCAUUCGGCAGGCGAUCGAAGCGGACAUUGCGCGCGAACGGCAGCGGCUGCAGAACCCCGACAUGGAUAUGGAGAUGGAGGAGGAGGACCCGGUGCCCGAGAUUUCGCGGGCCCACUUCGAGGAGGCGAUGAAGUUUGCGCGUCGCUCCGUGUCCGACAACGACAUCCGCAAGUACGAGAUGUUCUCGCAGACGCUGCAACAGUCGCGCGGCUUCGGACAGAAUUUCAGGUUCCCCACCAACCAGGGCGGCGGCUCGCAGCCGGCGGCCGGCGGCGCUGGCGGACAGGGCUCCGGCGGCGGCAACUUCCAGGACGACGGGGAGGAUGACCUGUACAGCUAGACUGUCGGCCAGCGCGCUGUGACGCCUCCGCGCCGGCGCGGCCCAGCCCACGGGUGCGGGCCGGGCGGCGCUCACCGGCGACAUAAGUUAUUCUCUGUCUGCGCCGGCCGCGGGUGGGGGCGUGCCCGGGGGCCGACACCGGGCCGCGCGGUCCGCCGGACGCGGCCAGCUCGGCGCCAGAGAGUGCGCGGCACUAUCACGGACCGAUACCGGCGGCCGGCCGACACGCGGGAGCGAAAUGUGCAUAGAGCAUUUACACGGAAUACGUUCAUUGUGUGUCGACGAGUUCUUCAAUAAACGGCUGCAGCC